UAAAAAACCCACCAUCCGAUUUCUUCUCCAAUUUCAGAAUAAAAAGGGGCGUUUUUGGAUAUCAACCCUUAGAAAAACCACUCGGUUUCUAUCUUCUUCCUCCAUAAAACCACUGAUGCCAUAAGUUUUGGGCGAAAUCCACAAUACCCAUUUGAGAUUCCGGUCCGUGAACGCGAGAUCUCCAUCUGGGUUCACCCCCACGUUUCGCAUCAAUGGCGGAAACCAAGAGGUACAUUUCGAGGGCUGAGCUCGGGAAGCACAAUAGAGUCGGAGAUCUCUGGAUCUCGAUUCAGGGGAAGGUCUACGACGUCACUCGCUGGGCCGUUGACGGACAUCCUGGCGGCGAGCUUCCACUUCUCAACCUCGCCGGACAAGACGUUACCGACGCGUUCAUCGCGUAUCACCCAGGUACAGCUUGGCAACACCUGAACAUGUUCUUCACUGGGUAUUAUCUCGAAGAUUUCGCUGUUUCAGAUGUGUCUAAGGAUUACAGGAGGCUCGCGUCUGAGUUCUCGAAGAUGGGUUUGUUCGAGAAGAAAGGCCAUGGCGUCUUCGUCUUGCUUUGCUUGAUCUCUGUUCUGUUUUCGCUGUCUGUCUAUGGUGUUUUGUGCUCUGAGAGUGUUUGGGUUCACCUUCUUUGUGGUGGGGUGAUGGGGUUUCUGUGGAUUCAGAGUGGUUGGAUUGGUCAUGAUUCUGGGCAUUACCAAGUUAUGGUGAACCGUAAGAUGAAUCGGUUCGUGCAGAUCUUGACUGGUAAUUGCCUCGCUGGUAUCAGCAUUGCUUGGUGGAAACUAAACCAUAACACUCAUCACAUUGCUUGCAACAGUCUAGAUUUCGACCCUGAUCUCCAACACAUGCCAUUUUUCGCUGUAUCUUCAAAGCUCUUUCAUUCAUUGAGAUCUUAUUUCUACGAGAGGAAGAUGAACUUCGAUACAGCUGCUCGGUUCUUGGUUAGCUACCAGCAUUUGACGUUUUACCCGGUUAUGUGUUUCGCAAGAAUCAAUCUGUUUGCUCAGUCUUUCUUGCUCUUGUUUUCCGGAAAGAAAGUGUCCGGCAGAGGACUCGAGUUUAUCGGCCUUCUCGUGUUCUGGGUUUGGUACCCUUUGCUUGUUUCUUGUCUGCCCAAUUGGGGAGAAAGGCUGAUGUUCGUGGUGGCGAGUUUCUCCGUGACAGGGAUCCAACAUGUUCAGUUCUGUCUCAACCAUUUCUCCUCGGAUGUGUACGUUGGACCGCCUAAUGGUAAUGACUGGUUCGAGACGCAAACGAAAGGAACUCUCGACAUAAAAUGCUCUGAAUGGAUGGAUUGGUUUCAUGGGGGUUUGCAGUUUCAGAUCGAGCACCACUUGUUCCCGAGGUUGCCUCGUUGCCAACUACGAAAAGUUUCGCCCUUUGUUCAAGAACUGUGCAAGAAGCAUAAUUUGCCUUACAACUGUGCAUCUUUCUGGAAGGCUAAUGUCAUGACAGUGGACAUUCUUAAAUCCGCGGCUAUGCAGGCGCGGGAUUGGACCAAGCCGAUUCCCAAGAACUUGGUGUGGGAGGCUGUUAAUACUCAUGGUUGAAGCCAAGUCCAUGUGCUUUCAGGGUUUCUUGAUAAUUGUAUGCAGAGAUUGGAUACAAUUGGUUGAAGAGAAAUUCAGUUCGGAGAUGUGACUUUCUCGGAGGCUUCUAUCGUUCAUCAUCCCUCGUUGUCCGGUAGAGGUUCCUCCGCCUAUCAUUUACUUUUUCGUGCUGUAUCCUCUGUCUAAGACUCUUCAGUUCAGUCAUUCUGGUUUAUGCAUUUUCAUUCAUGUAUUGCUGUUAUGCCUAGCAAUAUAUCUUCAUGUGUUUCUUUCCAUCCUACACCUUGAGUUGAAAUCUUUUGCAUAAGAACAA